AUGGACAGAGUAACUUUAUACGAAGAAUACAGGCUUAUUGAAAAAACUGAACUAGAAGUAAAUGGAAUUUGGAAAGCAGCUCAUCUAUUACUUUUCUUUUUGGCUUUCGUGUUUGGUUCAUUUUGCACGUUUUGUUUUCACAUGAUGAUGUAUUUGUUUGAUGAGAAGUGCGUGCUUUUUCCCAAACUGCUGUCACUCACUUCCUUCCGCCAAAACAUCAUCUAUGAGUUCAUUCCGGAAGAUAAGGAAGUCACUGAUAUGUUACCAGUUGAUUUCCUAAGCACACAAUGGGUGGAAAAGAGUGCUUGUUUACUGCCAACGUACGUCCCUCUUGUUUCUGGCAUCUUUGGUCUUGUUUGGACCACAAUGUUCUUGAUGUGUUCUACCGGUAGUCGAGUUUUAACUGGCUUACAGAGACCAUGGCGUGUAAUACCACCUGUGUUUUUGUUCUCGUUAACUAUGGGUAGUCUCUGUGUGUACACAUCGGCUGUUACGCAUUACGGGUUACAGGAAUUAUGUCUUAAGCUUAGUGAGAUUACCGGCAGCACGACGUGUACAUAUACCAUAAAUGUGGCUACACUUGCUUAUGAGCGUCGAAUACGUGGCGUGUACCAAGCAACUCGUCUUACUAUUUUAUCAGCUUGGUUGCAUACUGGAUGCUGGGUGUUAUCUACUGUUUUAGCGGUAGCAAGAAUUCUACUAGCAGUUGACUUCCAAUUGAUCAAAGUCAGUGUGCAAUUGCAAGGAGAUAUUGAUAGAAUGCUUGAACGCCACGAAAGGCAUAUUCGUACCGUCUCACCACUAAUAAUAGAAACAAAUCGUUCAGUUAACCCAGUUCAUCGCACAGAGACUCUUAUUCAAAUUCACUUUAAAAAGCAAGAGUUCAAAGCCAAUUUCUUGAGAAAUAACGAAAGUCAAAUAAUAAGUUCAAAAGAUGACAAAGGUGACCUACUAUACUUUGCUACUUUAACCAGGGAACCGUCAGAACCAUCAUUAGUUCAAACAGAGCGGAAUAAAUUGAACAAAAUAGAGGCUUAUAGCGCAGUUGCUGCGGAGCAUCGAUUUAUUGUUAAAAUGGUAUAUUCCUUACUUGACACUAUUGGUUUGCCUUUAACUGCUGACACUAUCUCUUCCUCUGGUUCAGUGGAAUCUAUAUCUGAAAUGACUCUGGAAAUAACUCGACAAUAUGGUCAGCAAUGCAUUUCGCCCGGAUUUAAACCUUCAGGAUCUCAACUACAAAUAAAAGAUAAGGAAGCUGUAGAUUUUCAAGAACCCGAAGAUAUAUCAUCACAGAUAAAACGAGAUUUGCAAGCGAAAUUUAAUAGAAAGUUGAGUGAUUUGAAAAAAGAUACUGACACUUUGCCGACGAAUGCCCUUCUUAAUCAGCAAUCUACUAUGAACAUAGUACCUGAACUUAAAAGAAAUGUAAAGGAAAAACAGGGCCAAAAUGAACCAGGCACUAGUGGAGGACAGAAGAAAAACGAAUUAAAAUCUAAUUUAAAACAAGUUGGUAUUCAAACAGAUGAAAAAUUAAGAGAUAAAUCCUUAAAAGUACAAAUAGAUUCUCGUACAAGUGUAUUUGACUCAGUAACUUCUACUAGGGUGGACGAACAAACGCCAAAGGAAGAUAAGAAAACACAAACCCAAAAAGAAAAAAUGGAAUAG